AUGUCUUCUGUCUACGAUUUUACGGUGAAAAACGCCAAUGGUGACGAUGUGACACUAUCUCAAUACAAAGGAAAAGUGCUCAUUAUUGUUAAUGUGGCAUCUCAAUGUGGGCUGACAAACAAAAAUUAUACACAGCUUAAGGAAUUGCUCGAUGUCUACAAAAAAGACGGGCUUGAAGUUCUGGCAUUCCCCUGUAAUCAGUUUGCUGGCCAGGAGCCGUCUUGCGAAGUCGACAUUGCUGCUUUCGUCGCAGACAAAUUCAAAUUUGAGCCAACACUUUUCCAGAAAAUUGAUGUUAAUGGAGACAAGGCAUCACCACUAUUCACUUUCCUAAAAAAUGAGAAAGGCGGAUUCAUGUUCGAUGCAAUCAAAUGGAAUUUCACAAAGUUUUUGGUAGGACGCGAUGGAAAGAUCAUCAAGAGAUUGGGACCAACAACUGAUCCAAAAGAUAUGAAAAAGGACAUUGAGGCAGCUCUGGGAGAACGAAUGUAA